GGGAGACCGGAUAUAGUGAAUGCAGGGUCCAAGGAGACCGGAUAUAGUGAAUGCAGGGUCCGGGGAGACCGGAUAUAGUGAAUGCAGGGUCCGGGGAGACCGGAUAUAGUGAAUGCAGGGUCCGGGAGACCAGAUAUAGUGAAUGCAGGGUCCGGGGAGACCGGAUAUAGUGAAUGCAGGGUCCGGGGAGAGACCGGAUAUAGUGUGAAUGCAGGGUCCGGGGGAGACCGGAUAUAGUGAAUGCAGGGUCCGGGGAGACCGGAUAUAGUGAAUGCAGAAUGCAGGGUCCGGGGAGACCGGGGAUAUAGCGAAUGCAGGGUCCGGGGAGACCGGAUAUAGGGAGACAAAUGCAGGGUCCGGGGAGACCGGAUAUAGCGAAUGCAGGGUCCGGGGAGACCGGAUAUAGCGAAUGCAGGGCAGGGUCCGGGGGGAGACCGGAUAUAGCGAAUGCGGGGUCCGGGGAGCCUGUACAACUAUGUAAGACUAAGCUUGGGUUCACAUGUAUAUUGGCUGGGAUGUGG